GAACAAGACAUUAAUUACACAGUUGUGGGCUUGUUCUGUCGCCAGGGUUCUGGGUUUCUUGCACUUUUCAUUUUCUGAACAAAGUCCUAGUCCACCACUCUGGAUUCUGGAACAAGCAGUAUAUAAAAGGGUGUGAUGAAUCUCAAAGUUUUAAAGGCAAAGCAAACUUUACAAUUGGCAUUCCUUCUGGGUGUGUGCUUCUGGUUGCUGUACCAGAUUGAGCACUCACACAGCAAGGGGAAGGGCUAUGGAGGAAGCAUACAAGGCAAGCUCAAUGAUCAACAUGGAUUUAUUGUUUUGGGGCGUAAAUGGGAUGCAGGGUGGUCGAGUGGUGAUGAUAUGAAUCUUGUGGGAGAAGGUAAAAGAAAAGAGGAUGGAGGGGUUGGAGAUGAUGAAUUGGAUGGAAAUGCUGAUGAACAAUUUGGAAAGUAUAUGGUGUUUAUAAACAAUGAGGAAAAUAACUCUGAUGAUUCAUGGGGAAACUUAAAAAAACAAGCUAAGGAGGAUUUAGAAAGACAAAUUAAGGAACCAGAAAAGAACAAGGAAAUGAUUUCUGAUGAUACUCUUAAACAAGACCAAGAUGUUGAAGCAGGCAGCUUAAAUAGGGAGAAUGAAGAAGACAAAAACAUUGUAGAAAGCAAAGAGGAGAUUGCAGAGCAGCCUAGUGGAGUGGCCAAUAAUGUUGGUGUUGUUGCAAGAAGUGAAAUGUUGGAUGGAGUGAUGAUCCAAGGCUUUCAUGAUGAGAAUGGGGUUCCACAAGAUGGCAACAAUCCUUUAGACUCCACUCUGACUGAUCAUCAUUCAAGUGAUGAUCAUGAUGGAAACUUUCUAAAUCAAGAAACCUCUUUAAAUUCAAGUAAUUAUAGUAGAUUCAGUGAAACUUUCUCAAGAGAUGAUGCAGAUACCAAAGAAUAAAAGCAGAGCUUAGAAGACUCAAAAACAGUGAUCAUGCAACAGAUGAUGCAGAAAUCAAUUCUCAAACCUCAAAAAUCAAUCAUGUUUCAGAAGCUUCACAAUAAGAUAGAUUAGACACAGAAGAUUCUCAUUCUAUUUCUAAUUAGCAACAUAUUCAAGUUGAGCUCACAAACACAAAGAUCUGCCCAUUUGGUUCUCUAAGCAACUCUAGCCUUCACAUGUGAGGUUUUAGUUCCAGAAAGGGGAGAACAAUUUUUUAUUUU